AUGGCAAAGAAAAAAGUUAUUUCUGUGACUCAAGAGGAUUGGUAUAUUGAAGCUACUGAGUAUGAGGAACAGGCAGAACGUUGGAUUCUUUCGGAUAUUAAAAAGACUUUAAGAUUUUACCUGCAAGCGCUUGAAUGUUAUGAAAGGGCUCUACAGGCUCCUGAAGGGUCCUCUACCGGUAGUUAUAAUAUUUUAUACAACGAGACUAGGCUUUUCUUACAGGUUUAUACUGAAUAUGUGGCCAACAACGGAUACAUCAACGUUUUACAGUACAUCAAACUUGAUGAUUUACCAGGAAUUUCCAAUUUGAUCCUCAGUUUACCGGAAAUUGUCCAGAGAUUCCAAGCGGUUCAACAACGUUUCCAACAAGAAACCACUUGGGAUUUCCAUUUCAAUAUGCUAACCUGUUACUUGAGUCUUUUGGAAUCAGCAGAUACCUACAACUUAGUGGGUGAGGACGUUAUACAAUUGACGACUAAAUACCUAGAAUUGACCCAAUCCUUGGUACAAACCGUUAUGCAAAAAUUACAAUUUACAUCUGAUCAACCUAACAAUGACCAGUUACCGGGAUCUGCACCAAGAGAAGAGGUACCACCAAACAAGAGAGAUGGCAGCGGUGUAGUGACCCAGACUAAUGACGAUGAUGACGCUGACGGUUCUCAAAGGGUGGAAGUAGCAGAUCAAGUUAAUUACGAGACGAUCGCGGAGAUUUUAAGUAAUGGGUUUAAAUGCGUCCAAACACUGGUAGAAAUUUGUGUAGAUUCUCGCCAGGGUGAAAGCCGUUUGAAUCCGGUUCAAGUUAAUUUCCUUGAAGAUGUCUCAUCAAAAUUUUGGCACCAGCUGACUGAUAUUCGUUCAAGUGUGGAUUCGCUGGGUUUAGAUCUAUCACAGGCUGACAUUUCCGGCAUGGUUAUUGAUGCGUUGAAGCUAAUCAAUGAUGGAGUUCCUGCCCUUGAGCAAUACAUCCUAUCUGUGUCACCAAGAACAUCUGAAGUGUUACUAGCACAAGUAGAUCUUUUACAAUUUGUCGUUGGAUGUCUUGAUCCAACAGCUGAUGCUACAUUGCAGUGGUCACUAUGCACCUUGCUCAACAAAGUGUUAGAAGAAGCCCGCAGACAAUUUACACAUUUGAGAAGUAAGGUUUCAUUGAACCCUACUGGAGAUGAACUCAGUAGAAUUACUUUCCACCUGUGUGAUAUCUACAUAGACUCCUCCGAUAACGAACUAACUAGAUAUUGGAUCAGAAGGAGCUCAAACAACAAUGGCAACAACAAUAACGGCGAUGCUGAUGACAAGACUUGUCAAAUACUUUUAAAGAAUGCAAAGACCAUGUUAAUCAAUGCUACACGCAUUGCAGAAAGACCAUGCGGCUUGCAAGAAAACGUAGUGGAUAAAUUGAAGCGUAACUACGUGUUCACACAGGCAAGAAACAGACUCCGUGCCUUAGAGAGUGGGAAUAUCCCCGUGGAUCAGAUCCAAGAUCAGGACCAAGAUAUUCAAAAUCAUCCGUUUUACAGGAACCUGAUUCUUUCUACGGGAAACUAG